AUGUGUCGUCUAGGAAGUAACUGGACAAUACAGGGAUACACGAUAUUAAACGUUUCUCAAGAGGAGACAGAAUACAUGUGCAUGUGGCUACUGGCCAGCUGGUACCACUUGAAUCACCUUGGCCGAUUCCUUCAUAGAUGUAAGGUAUACAACUAUUCAACAUCGCAAGAUACCGUAAAAUAUUUAUUGAUUUCCACGGCCGAUAUAACAUCAACGGGGAAUAUCACCACUCUUCUGUACGAUGACACAUUAUCUGCAGAAAGUGAAACAAAUGAAAGAAGACCACAAACAUCACGUGAUCUUACUGUGGUAACGGCUUACUGGGAUCUCGGAAGUUUCAAAAAGGGCGAGAAACAAACCUUCACCAAAAGCACAUAUCUAUCGUGGGCUUCCACAUUUCAGUAUCUUAUAAAUCCCAUUGUUGUUUAUACAGACUCAACAGAAUUCAGGGAUUUAAUGUUCAGUUUGAGAGCCAAAGGGAAUUUAACCAAUCAAACAAAAAUCUUCUUGGUUUCGAAAAGAAAAUUUUGGCCUUUUCGAAUUUUGAAUCAGAUCCAAAGCGUUUACAGACAACCAGGAUAUCCAGCUCAUCAUCCUAACACAGUCAAUGCAGAAUAUUCCGCGGCGCAGCAUUCCAAAUACGUGGCUGUGGCAGAUUCAGCACAGAGAAAUAUAUUCAACACUUCAUUUUUCGCCUGGUUGGACGUCGGAUACUUCAGAGAUAUUGUAGGAACUCGGAAAAACUUUAAACUAGAGCUUCCACCAAACUUCAAUCCUAAUAGCGUAGCCUUUAAUCGCGUAUUUAAUUCCAGCAUGACAAUGGAUCCUUAUAGAAUAUUUCGUCAAAAUGUGGUGUGGGUCGGUGGGGGGUUGUUUAUCUGUAGCGGCAAAGUAGGAAUAGAGUUUGAGAAGUUGUACCAAAGAGCUGUUUUAUAUUUUCUGCGUCAGAAUUUGAUGAAUACCGACCAACAAGUGUUAUAUGCUAUGUACAGUGAUGAAGGUCAGAAGGUCAUUAGACCAAAUAUUGGUCUUCAGAUAUAUAUUCCAAAAGUAAAUUAUGGCAACCAAUGGUUUUAUCUAGGAUAUUUAUGUUUGAUUAAAGUGACAGAAUGA